CCAUUCCAAGUCUUGGCUGCUAUCCUUCGCGCAGCAACCAGGUUAGGUUUCGACACGUAUCGAGCCUUCGCCGUAAAGCUCUUAGAGAAUGCUUGGUCCUCGUCUCUCGCGGAUCUCACCACGGAAAGUAAGUCCAAUGCAGCGGAAGUCGUGGUUCUCGCGCGAACCUGUGGCGUCGAAAGCGUCUUAAAGAGGGCUUUCUAUGAAAUGGUUCGGGUAACAGGUUAUGGUCUCGGCGACGGCGAGUUGGACGGUGACGAUAGAGGAGAGUCCCAGGAAAUCAGCCGCGCGGACGAAAGACGUUUGGAACGCAUGAGAGAGCAUCUCAUCUCGGCCUGG